AUGGAUGGAAAAACUGUAGAGUGUAAGCAGUACGCAGUGCAUGCCAAAGGUUCGGGGCGUGGCCGCAGCGGAAGCGCAAGCCCAAGUAGGGACACACGUGGGAGGAGUAGUCAAUACAGAUGCAGUAGAAGUGGUCGAAGCAGACGCAGUAGUAGUCAAUACAGACGCAGUAAAGGUAGUCAAUGCAGACGCAGUAGAAGUAGUCAAUACAGACGCAGUAGAAGUAGUCAAUACAGAUGCAGUAGAAGUGGUCGAAGCAGGCGACCUGAACACAGAAGGCAGAAGAAGGAAAUGACAUAUCACGGCAAAAGGAAAACGCGUGCCGAUGAAAGAGAACGCAUGCAAAAGGAAAACGGUGGAAACAAAAGGGAACACAGUUCCAAAAGGUUAAAAGGGAAGAAUCGUAGUAGAAGCAGAUCAAGCACAAAUGAGGAAGAACCAGCAUGGGAAAGAAAAAAAAAAUUAUAUUACGAAAAAGAAAAAAAUAAAAUGUCCAGAGAAAGCAGGGACCCUGAUCGUAGGGGGUUCUCCAGUUAUGACAAGAGUAAAGAAAGGGUCAAGGGAAGGCAUAACGAAUAUGAUAAUCGGCACAGGCGUCACAGAGAAGAUAAACAGAGAAGAGGGAACAACAUGGAUAAGGACCAAAUGCAUAGUUACGACCAUGAAGGGAGGGAUAAAAGUUCAGAAAAUGUCCAUGUAAAAAAAGACCAACAGGAAGAUGGUGCAGAAGAGGAAGAAAAAAAUAAAAAUGAGCCUAAGGAAGAGAAGAACUUCAACCCUUCUGGGUUACUUGCACAGGAAAAGAACUACAAAAAUGGAGUAGAGUUGAAGUAUAUCGAAAGUAUAGACGCCGAGCUUCCCGAUAAGAAGUGGAGACUGUACGUGUUCCUUAAUGCGAACACGAAAGAUCCUGCUGAAAUACUCCACUUACACCGUAAAUCAUGCUACCUAAUUGGAAAGGACGAUUUGGUGGUAGACAUAAAGUUGGCAAACCCCACCAUAUCGAAGCAACACGCAGUAAUACAGUUUAAAAAGCAUGGAAGCGAAGUUCUGCCUUUUCUUCUUGACCUGAAAAGUACCAAUGGGUCAUAUUUGAAUAACGACCUAAUCGAGCCCAACAAGUUCUACGAAUUGAGACAAACUGACAUACUACGGUUUGGAAGUUCAGCGCGAGAAUAUGUCCUACUGCACGAUUCCUCCGAUAACCCUUCGCAUGCCUGA